AUGGGUUUCUCCUUCCCAAUGACAGACUUUUUCAAAACUUUGGAUUAUCUCAGACACAACCAGGUAGCUCUGCGAAAGUUCAUCACCUUAUGCUGGACAAUCUGGAAGGAAAGGAACGCUUUGGUCUUCUCAAACACCAAAGUUUCCCCUUGUCGCUGCUACUACCGAGCCCUGAACACCUUCAAAGAAUGGGAGCUCAGGCUCCGGAUAGAUGAUCAACAACUUAAAGGUUCCCUUCCUUCCCCUUCCUCUCCUCCUACCACCUCGCAACCCAUUAUUGUGAGGUGGUUUCCGCCCCCACCGGGCGCCUUCAAACUCAAUUUCGAUGGUUCACGUAAAGAUUCGUCAGCAGCUGGCGGCAUCAUCAUCAGAGACAGCACAGGGAAAGCAAUCAUUGCAAAAUCCUUCAAUUUUGGUGACUCUCAAGUCUACAUGGCAGAAGCCCUUGCACUUCACAAGGGCAUUCAAGAGGCGAUCAACCGCGGCAUCAAAGAUAUUUACAUUGAAGGUGACAAUUUACUGGUUAUCAACUCCCUGUCAGGAACCUGGAAGCCCCCUUGGAAACUCCAGAACAUUAUUCAAGAUAAUUACAUGCCAUGUGAAGAACUUCCAGAUGUUAAUGAUUUUAUAAACACUGAAAAUUCAAGAGUAGCAUCAAAAGAAAUGCAAGUGAUCCGUGACAACAUUGCUAGUUUAAUAUGGGGCAUUGAGUAA